CGUGAAGAUACAUAGUGAGACGAAUAUAUCCUUUGACGCCGCUUAGAGAGAGAGAGAGCUAGAGAAACAAGAGAUUCCUCCUCCCCUUUGUCUUCUUCAAUCCUCCUUCUUCUUCCCUUGUAAAAAAAAAUAAUUGUUGCAUAUAAGAUCGAACGAGAGAAUAGAGCUGAAAUCUCCUCCUAUUUGAAGAUUCCAACUUGAUGGAGCAUGGGAAAGAUGACCCUGGUACAACACCGCAUGGUGGGGUUGAUUUGCCACUUGAUGAUUCAUUGGAGAGUGAGCCUAUAUGUGACCAUCCAACUGUGGAUGACAGCAGCAGUCGUGUAGUUAGAGCUGAUGAUUCGCAUCCCAACAUUUAUAGACACGAUAUUGUCAGGAACAACAAGACAGGUGGUGUUGGGGUUGUGAGCGAAGUUGCUGGUGAUUCUGACUCUGAAAGUGAUGAUGAGGACGAUGAUGAUGAUGAUGAUGAUGAUGAUGAUGAUGAUGAUGAUGAUGAUGAUGAUGAUGAUGAGGACGAUGAUGAUGAUGAGGAUGAUGAUGAGGAAGGGAAAAAGGCCAAUGAGGAAAAUGUUGGUCGUGGAGAGAGAAAAGCCGAUGGGAACUACAAGUGUGGUACUCUUGAGGGUGAUCAGAUUCGUGUUCUGUGGAUGGAUGACACCGAGCCAGUUCAGGAUGUCAACAAUGUAACCGUUGUAGAUCGUGGUUUCUUACAUGGAGAUUACGUUGCUUCGGCUUCCGACCCGACUGGGCAGGUGGGAGUAGUAGUGGAUGUAGAGAUGUCGGUUGAUUUAUUGGCUCUGGAUGGUUCUGUCCACAAAGACAUCUCAACGAAAGAAUUGAAACGCGUCAGGGAUUUUUGUGUUGGUGAUUAUGUGGUUCACGGCCCUUGGCUAGGUAGGAUUGAUGAUGUGUUGGACAAUGUGACUGUGUUGUUUGAUGAUGGAUCCAUGUGUAGAGUCCUACGUGCGGAACCCCUUCAGCUAAAGCCUGUUUCCCAGAGUAACCUUGAAGAAGAUGCGAACUUUCCGUAUCACCCAGGCCAGCGUGUCAAAGCAACCUCCUCGUCGGUUUUCAAGAGUUCCCGGUGGUUCUCUGGAUUGUGGAAGCCCAGUCGCUUAGAAGGUACUGUGACUAAAGUCACUGCUGGAUCUAUUUUUGUCUACUGGAUUGCCUCAGCUGGCUUUGGGCCAGAUUCUGCUGUCUCCCCACCUGAGGAGCAGAGUCCAAGUAACUUGACAUUGUUGUCAUCUUUCACUCAUGCUAACUGGCAAGUGGGUGACUGGGGCCUUCUUCCAUCGGUGAAUCAGUCUGCUACAAUUCCCUUGCACAAGCAUGUAUCUAAACUUCGACUUUAUGAUUCUCAAGCCAAAUGCGCUGAUCGUGAACAGAAAAGUGGGUCCGAUUUAGAAGAUGUGCAAGAUGAAGUAAGCGAAAAAGCUGAUCCUGUUGGCGUUCUUACUCUUUCUUCUAAUUCUAAGGAGCCUGCUCAUGAACCUUGGCCUCUCCAUCGUAAGAAGAUUCGCAAACUUGUUAUCAGAAAGGACAAAAGGGUAAAGAAAAAAGAGGAAAGCUUUGAACAAGCUCUAUUGAUAGUUAGUAGCAGAACGCUUGUUGAUGUAGCCUGGCAGGAUGGUACAGUUGAACGUAGACGGGAAGCAACAACACUGAUUCCAAUUGAGACACCUGGCGAUCAUGAAUUUGUCCCUGAGCAGUAUGUGGUGGAGAAGGCUUCGGAUGAUGAUGAAAACACAACUGAACCCAAACGUGUUGGGGUUGUUAAAAGUGUCAACGCAAAAGAACGUACUGCUUCUGUGAAAUGGUUGAAGCCACGUCUAAUGGCAGAAGAACCUCGUGAGUUUGACAAGGAAGAAAUUGCAAGUGUGUAUGAACUAGAGGUCCAUCCUGAUUAUGACUACUGUUAUGGGGAUAUUGUAGUUCGACUAUCACCUGUUGCCAUGGUCUUACCAGCAUCUUCUGCUGGAAACUCUGUAGAAGAGGAAACAGAGAAAGACAAUGGAGUCAAAGAUACAGAAUAUCGUCAAGAAGCUAUAGUCCAUGAUAAGGAAGAAAACGAAGUUGAUACAGACCUUUCAGAGCUCUCAUGGGUUGGAAAUAUUACUGGCCUUAUGGAUGGUGAUAUUGAAGUAACGUGGGCUGAUGGAAUGGUAUCAACGGUUGGCCCUCAAGCAAUUUAUGUUGUUGGACGGGAUGAUGAUGAAUCAGUUGGUGCAGAAAGUGAAGCGAGUGAUGCUGCUAGCUGGGAAACUAUAGACGACGACAAGGGAGGUGCUCCUGAGACGCAUGAAGAGGAUCUUGGAAGGGGUAGUUUUAUUGAGGAAAGCUCUGAUGCAGAAAACAAUGGUGAGAAUGAUUCUGGGAGGAAUGGUGCCCUAUCUCUCCCACUAGCUGCAGUUGAAUUCGUGACUAGAAUGGCUAGUGGAAUCUUUUCACGUGGACAGAAAACUGAAGAUUCAUCCAGUUCUAGUCUCACAGAUGAAAAUGGAUAUAAGCAGGCUGAAUUGACAAACUCUUCCCACGAGAGGGGUUCUUUCCUUGAUAACUGUGAUUCAGAGGGCACAGCUUUAGAAAACUCUACAAUUUUAGGAAAUGAAGCAGUGAAAAGAUCAGAGAGUGAAAAAUCUGAAGAGCCAGUACCUUCUGAAAGUGAUAGUUGCAGUUUCAGACGCUUUGAUAUAUCACAAGAUCCUCUGGACCACCAUUAUCUUGGCUCAGAUGACCAGAAAACCAAGCAAAGACAAUGGUUCAAAAAGGUUGAUCAAGACUGGAAAAUACUUCAGAACAAUCUUCCGGAUGGAAUCUUUGUUCGAGUUUACGAAGAUAGAAUGGAUCUCUUAAGGGCGGUAAUAACUGGGGCUUAUGGAACACCAUACCAAGAUGGUCUCUUCUUUUUUGAUUUUCACCUUCCACCUGAGUAUCCUACUGUGCCACCGUCGGCACAUUACCAUUCUGGUGGUUGGAGGUUGAACCCCAAUUUGUAUGAAGAAGGCAAGGUCUGUCUUAGCCUUCUUAAUACGUGGACAGGAAGAGGGAAUGAAGUCUGGGAUCCCAAAUCAUCUAGCAUCCUUCAAGUUCUUGUUUCACUCCAGGGAUUAGUGUUGAACUCAAAACCCUAUUUCAAUGAAGCGGGUUAUGAUAAGCAGAUAGGAACUGCAGAAGGAGAGAAAAACUCACUUGGGUAUAACGAGAAUGCUUUUUUGCUAAACUGUAAAACCAUGAUGUAUCUUAUGCGGAGACCACCAAAGGAUUUCGAAGAACUCAUCAAUGAGCAUUUCAGAAAACGCGGUUAUUACAUCUUGAAGGCAUGUGACGCCUACAUGAGAGGAUAUCUAAUAGGUUCUCUCACCAAAGAUGUCUCGGUUAUCGAUGAAAGCAGCAGUGCUAAUUCAAAUUCAGUUGGUUUUAAGCUUAUGUUGGCUAAGAUUGCGCCAAAGCUUUUCUCAGCGCUGAGUGAGAUAGGCGCUGACUGCGAUGAAUUCAAGCAUCUUCAGCAGCAGCAAUAACAAGCCUCAAAGGAUAUACAUCAAUUAUAUUGCCAUUUAACCAAGUGAAGGUUUGUGGCUUCUUUUUUAUUACAAGUUUUGAACUCAGAUUUGUCAAUGUGCGUGUCAGAGGAUUUUUUUUUUUUUUGAGUUAUGCAUGAAUUGCAUGUUCCUGAGUUGUAACCCCAUCUGCUCCAGCAAUAUUGACAAAGUUUUUUUUUGGGCUGUUUUGGAGCUUGCUCCAGCAAUAUACAACACUUGUUUUGUCAAGGAUAAUUAACUUCAGACAGAUUAUUUCAAGUGAAGUUGUUUUGCUUUUUA